AAAAAAACAGAGAAAAGAGUUAAUUUAAGAGUGAGAAACACACAGUUUAAUCAGAUAGAGAUGUGUAGCAAACCAAGUCCGGUGGUCGUAGAAGAGAAACAGAGCACGAGAACAUCAAAGAGGAUCAAGAAGAGGAAACACAUAGAAUCAACAACUUACAUGGACAAGUCUCCUUCGAAUCUUCUUGAAACUUCUCGUAAUAAGAUCAGAACAAAGACGAAGAAACCUAAAUUUCUCAGUCUCAACACUUCUCACAAGAACCCUGGAACCAGAAAGAGCAAGAAGAAGAAGGGUAAACAAAAACAGAACAAGACGAAAGAAGGAGCUGACAAGAAGAAGAAGAAGAGAGUAGAGACUAGUGUGGUGGGAGGAGAAAAAGAAGAAGAGCAAUACGACACCGUCGCAGCAGCUUACCUCUUCAACUCCACUACCGACAGCACAAUCUCUUCGAUCCACGAUCUACUCCCUUCUGAUGUCGGAGGAGGAAGGAACGUGUCUCCUUACGACCUUCAAGAGCACGGAUCUUCGUCUUCUUCCUCCUUGCUUCUAAGGACGGCGAUGAGGAAAGGGGUGAGCAAGGAGGAGACCACGGCGGAGCGGUGGGUGAGUUACUCGGAGGUUGUGGAUGAGGUGAUGAGUCGGAGCGGGACUCCACGGUGUUGCGGUGGAGAUGGAAAUGAGGGAAGGUCUUCGCUGGCUCUGAAGCUUGAUUAUGAGCAGAUCAUGGAGGCUUGGUUGGAUAAAGGUACUCUUUAUGUCGACGGAGAACCGCCGCAGACGGUCCCGGACUUGCAUGCUUCAGCUGAUGUGUUUACUUGCGGCGGAGAGGCAGGAAAUUUAUGGGCCGUGCCGGAGAUGGAGACGACGGAGAGUUUAUGGAGAGGGCAUAGAGAAGCGAGCUUGCUACGGUAUAAAGAGAAACGGCAAAGUCGCCUAUUCUCUAAACGGAUUCGAUACCAAGUUCGUAAACUCAACGCUGAGAAACGUCCUCGUGUUAAAGGCCGGUUUGUGAAGAGAGACGAUUUGUAAACCACUAAAAGACUGGUGGUUUAAACUUUUGGUUUGUGGGCAUACUAGUCUUCUGGAAUAACCAAGUGGCGGAUGUUUGGUAUGAUAAUGUUAUUGUGUAACUUUAUGAGACGUUAAGGGCCUAACCGGAGUAUACCGAGAAAUGAAAGGUAUUGGUCUGUAUAGGGUCUUGACAAGCUCGGUUAUGCAGAAGUUUAGGUUUGCUUGCCCGUUUCAGUUCUAUUAGUGGGUAAGUCAACUAAUUUGUACCACAUCAUCUAAACGAAUAAUAAUAAUGGAGUGGAUAUUACGGAUUACUCAACUGAGUACAUCUUUUUUGAUUGAUUUAACUCUUCAGCGUGUACCUAAUUAGAACUUAGACUAUGUAAAUUGGUUGAGAUUUUUCAACACCCUAUACUAUUAUUUAAGAAUUAAAUUUGCUUAGUUGUC